AUGAAUGACAAUGACAACAAUGAAGAUGACUGGCAAUAUCUGUUGCCCUUUGAAGACUGGUCCCACAAUUCGGUCCGGAUUACCAUCCCCCAGCACACAGACGACCAAGACGAGUUUGAACCCGCCACGUUUCCAAACCGCCUCCAUUCCACCGUACAAACACUGCGUCAAAUGGAAAAAUCCAGUGUCUGGGUCAAUAUACACAUCUCCAGGUCGUCGUUGAUAACCGACAUGGCCGACCAGGGAUUCCAAUUCCAUCAUGCCCAAGGGGAUCAUGCCGUAUUGAAUCUGUGGCUACGACAGGAAUCAUCAUUGGUGCCCGAAUUCGCCACGCAUCACAUUGGGGUGGGCGGCAUUGUAAUCAACAGUCGCGACGAAAUUUUGUGCGUCCGAGAACAGGGCAAAAAUUUUCUUCCCUGGAAGAUUCCCGGUGGAUUGUCGCAUUUGGGAGAACACAUUGAUCAAGCCGCCGUGCGAGAAGUCUUGGAAGAAACGGGAAUUCAAACCACUUUUCGGAAUGUUCUUUGUUUCCGACAUACGCACGGCCUAGCCAAUGGACGAUCCGAUAUCUAUUUCGUUUGCCGAUUGGAUCCGAUCGAACAAGAAGAUGUGGAUGGUACUGUGAUCAUUCCCGAACCCGUGCCACAAGAAGCCGAGAUUGCCGCCACGGCAUGGGUGCCGUACGACGAGUUUGCGGACAUGGUGCAUGGAGAACAGGGACAUCCCAUGAUAUCGCACGUGCUCAAUCUACUCGAUCGAGGGGAUGCCAUUGAACGAACGGUCAUUCCCAGUAUUGUGCCGGGUCGAAGGGCGGCUCCAAUAUAUUCCUCGCCUGUCAUCAGUGAGGAGGAAACAAAAGAGACAAAGCAAUCGUGA